AACAAAACAGACUGACUUACAUUUCCAUCUAUGAAUUACAGUGUAAAUAAUUUAGAAAAUACAGAAAGAAGUUCCAUACAAAUUAAUGUUUCUGACAAUUCUUUAUAUAAUAAUGUCAAUCAUGAUAAUAUCAGUAGUGAUUCUUUAACAUCGGCAAAUUUAAUUUCAAAGACAACUACUCCAAUAAGACCCAAAUCUCGUUUAUUGGCUAAAUUAAUCAAUAAAAGGAAACGUGAAACCAUGCAGUUACGUAAUUCUCUAAGGAAAACCAAUAAUAAAAUGAAAACUAAUCAUUCGAAUCUAUUCGGUGUGGAUUCGAAUAUGCACGAUAGUCAUAACGUUGAGAACCAUGCAAUUACUACUGAUCUAGUACCUCCAGUUACAGAUGAAGAAUUACAAGAGUUACGUUUAAAUAUUAAUCAACGUGAAAGACGAAGAAUGCAUGAUCUAAAUUUAGCUAUGGAUGGAUUGAGGUCUGUGUUGCCAUACACACAAAAUUCAUCCGUGAGAAAAUUAUCCAAAAUUGCAACUUUAUUGUUAGCUAGAAAUUACAUUCUUCUUCUUACAAAAACCUUGAAUGAACUACAAGAAAAGUUAGAUAUUAUAUCACAAAGCCAUUCAGCAUAUCAAUAUGAAUCCAUAAAACCAACUAUUCUUGCUGAAUAUCCACAGCCAACUGUUUCUACUGAUUCAAUGAAAUAUUUACCAAUAGUAUCUUCAGUAAACUCCUCAUUAUUUCCAUUAUCACCACCAACUCUGUCCUCAUCAGUAGCCAAAUCAACUGUUUUAUCUCCUAGUUCUUCCACUUCAUUCAUUUAUCCAGUAUCAACCACUUCAAUAUUACAGUCAGUCACAAAUUCAUCUUUAUUUUUACCAUCUGGAAAUCAAUACAAAGAUAACAGCGAACAAACUAUUCAGAAUUCUAUGCUUAUACAAGAUGUCAAUGAUAAAGUUAAUAUUAUAUCCAGUAAUUUUAUGUAUCCAACAUUUAAACCGUUAUUUCCAUUUCUUAAUCCUAAUUUAAUGAAUAAUUUAAACAAUACUAUUAUCCUUGACAAUAAUAUUAGUAACCAUCGAAACAACAACAACAACAACAAUAACAUUAGUGAUAAUGAUUCAAUGGUUAAAAGUCAAGGUGUACAUUUCAAACUCAUUGAUUCAUCAUCCCUUUCUAUUUUAUCCAAUUAUCCAUUUAUAGAUAAAUUAGAUCAUUUGAAUAGAAUGAAUAAUGAUCAAUUCAAUUUAACAAAUCUAUCAUAUCUCUUUAAAGAUUCUGAAAUGAAUUCAAUGUUUAAAUUAAAUUUUAUGUCUACACCUUGUAGUUACUCAACAACUCAAUAUACAAUAUAAUCUGUAAAUAUGUAUAGAAAUCAAAGAUGUUUACUAUGCCUUUCUAAAGAAAAAAGAAGAAGAAGAACAUAUAUGUAAACCUAUUUCUUAUUGAAUGAAUAUCAAAAUUUUUGUUUU